AUGAAAAUGGAACAUCAUAUCUUGAAAUAUUCUAUGGAAGUUUCCAUGUUCAUUGAGGAUGAUGCUUUUUUACAAUCUCAAAAUAUCACUUUCUUUAAUUACAGGAGUAAGAAUAUCCACGAGAUUGCAAAUCUUGUCUCAUUAAUUGCCAAGUAUAGAAACCAAAUCACCCAAUUGAAAUCUUACGAGCACAUUUUUCGAGUAUUUGAGACGAUUCACAUACUAGUUGCAGCUCAAUUUACCGAAAUGAAACUAUUAGCGAAAACAAAAGAAAUCUCCAAUGGCGAUUCAUUAGUGGCGCGGCUGUUGCUAAAUGUCUUUAUUUUACAUCAUUCAAUUGAUUUAACAGUAGAGAAAAUUAUACAGCAGUAUUACAAAUUACGCGAGAUCAAACAUUAUUUAACCAAAGAUACAGUUGAUCGGAGUUUCGAGAAUUUCAGUAAUUUUUGUUUCCCGCAAGCCAAAGACUCGAUUGAGUAUUACAAGAGAAUCAUCACAAAAUGCUCAAAACAGUAUUCUCCAAAUGAGGAAGCUCAAUUGUUUGGCUUGUACUUGCUCAAGAGUACAAUACACAUUAACAUUGAUCAACCAAAGUAUGAAAGUAUGAAGAACUCCAUAUUACAAAAAAUAUUGGACAACGAGGAAGAUACAAGCUCAGGAUCUUUUACCGAACAGGAACUUGUUUCCAUUGAUUUGAUGGAGUAUCUAACCGCACAUAUUGAUUUUUUUCCUCGGGUGCUACUCAUCUUUGACAAAUUUCAAAGUGUUACUUGCAAAUGUUUACAGCUUCAUCGGCGGCGAUUAUCUGGCCAAAACAAUGAAAAUAGAAAUUUUAGCAACAAUGGCACUUUUGUCACUACUAGCGACAGGUAUUCUCUUUCAAAAAAAUUGACACCAGCGAUCAAUAGGGCAAUUGAUAAAUAUGUCAAGGGAGGUACAAUAGGUUUAGCUAAGACAGAGUGUUGCAGGUACACCUUUCGGCUCUUGUUGUUUUGUGGGGGGCAAAUUGCCUUUGAAUUUAAAACGAUAGAAGCUAAUUUAAUUCUGACUACUAGCUCGUAUGAAGAAAAAUCAUUUUUGCUGGAUAUCCUUAACACAUUCCAGACCUAUGCUGAAAGCUUGAGUGGAUUCUUAACGUUUUUAUCAGAACCUUUAAAAGGCAAAGGAAAUGCAAUAGCAAUAAUGGGUACGCACAGAGAUGAGUUUGAAAAAUUGGACGAAUUAUUGAAGCAGCUGUUCCUUUACGUUUUGGAGUGUGAAACAAGUUUGGACUUGGAGGAAGAAAUGAUUUCGUUGAAGACGAGUCGAUUAAGCAGGUGA